AUCACACGAGCAACUUAAUUUUGGGAUAUGUCCCCAAGACCCAGUUUAGCUUGUAGGGACAUUAGCUAGGUGAUGGUGAGGCCCAGGUUCUCCAGCCCUCCCUUUCCCCCUUCCCCUUGUCAGGUUUGGAGCCUCUCGUUGAAUAACCAAAAAAGAAAAGGAACAUCACAGAAAUCCAUGCGGCAAUGAAUUCUAGCAGCAAAUCAAUUCACACUUCUAAUCGUUGUGUAGUCGGUGGAAAGUUAUGUGAGAUAUGGUGGAUUUUUCCUAGCAGCUCGUUUUGUCAUUACAUGAUACAUUUUGCUUGCGGUGGAAAUUUCCCAUCUGAAGCCCGUUUGAAUGAUGCCCAAGAUGUGGAAGAGAUAGAACAGUUUAAAGAUAUACCAGAUUCUUUUGUUGGCAUUCCUUCCGAAAAGUACCCUCUUGUCAUUACAUUUCAUAAGUUUUUGAUGAUGCUUGAUGGGACAAUCGGUGAUUCAUAUUUCAGACGAUUUCCUGAGAUGAUGAAGAUAAUGGACUUUUCUGUUGGUAUAAGUGGAAAUUUCAGAUCUGCUGUUCUGCAAUCUCUCUUACGAAUGAAGGAGGUAAAUUAUGAGAGGUUUUGUUUCCAUUAUUGGCCUCACUUCAAUUCACAACUGACGAAGAAUCUUGAUUCUUCAAGAACAUUUACGGAGAUAAUAUCUCACAUUAAAGGAGGCUUGCUAGCUGGGGAAGCCCCUGAUGGUAAAUUGAGCAGGCAAGAAUAUGUUUCCAUGUCUAAUAGUAGGGCAUCAACCCUGAGCUCAGAUGAGAGAGAGCUGAUCUAUACUGUUUUUCAAGCUUACGAGAAGAAGAAAUUACUGCGUGGGGAAUUUGAUUUGUCUGAUUUUGUUAUUGACCUUCAUCUUAGGCUGAAGUGCAAGAGUCUGGAUGGUGAUAAAAUGGAUUUUGUGUACAUUGACGAAGUGCAAGAUCUUGCUAUGAGUCAGAUAGCUCUGUUCAAGUAUAUCUGCAAAAAUGUGGAUGAAGGUUUUGUCUUUUCUGGUGAUACAGCUCAAACUAUUGCCAGGGGUACUGAUUUUAGGUUUGAAGAUAUACGAUCUCUAUUCUAUAAUGAGUUCAUAAUGAAAUCAAAGAGUGACAAAUAUGUUGAAAGAAAAGAGAAAGGACGUAUAUCAGAAGUUUUCAAUUUGCACCAGAACUUCCGUACUCAUGCUGGAGUACUUAAAUUAGCACAGAGUGUCACAGACCUUCUUUACCAAUUUUUCCCUCAAUCUGUUGAUAUUUUGAGACCUGAAAUUAGCUUUAUAUAUGGUGAAGCUCCUGUUCUGCUUAAGCCUAACGAGAGUGCUAUUGAGAUUAUUUUCGGAAAGACUGCAAAGACUGGUGGGAAAGUAGUAGGCUUUGGUGCCGAACAGGUUAUACUAGUACGUGAUGAUUCUGCUCGGGAAGGAAUUUCUAGAGAUGUAGGAAAUCAUGCUCUUGUUCUUACAAUACUGGAAUGCAAGGGUCUAGAGUUUCAGGAUGUCUUACUGUACAAUUUUUUCAGUUCAUCGCCUCUGAAGAACCAAUGGAGAGUGGUGUAUGACUUCGUGGAGAAAAAAGAUCUACGUGAUUCUUGUUUCCCUAGGUGCUUUCCUAGUUUUAGUCAUGCAAGACACAGUAUCCUUUGUUCUGAAUUGAAACAAUUAUACGUGGCAAUUACGCGGACAAGGCAGAGACUGUGGAUUUGUGAAGAUAGUGAGGAGUUUGCUGCACCCAUGUUUGACUUCUGGAAGAAGUUGGGCCUUGUGCAAGUAAAGGAGGUGGAUGAAUCAUUUUCACAAACGAUGCUAAUGGCGAGCAGUCCUGCAGAGUGGAAAUCAAGGGGUAUAAAGCUUUACCAGGAGAACAAGUAUCAUAUGGCAACCAUGUGCUUUGAAAGGGCAGGAGAUACAAAUUGGGAGAAACGGGCCAAGGCUGCUAGCCUGAGGGCAACUGCUGAUCAGCUGCGUGAGUCAAAUCCUCAAGAGGCUUGUACAAUACUCAGACAGGCUGCUGAGUUGUUCGACUCCAUUGGCAGAGCUGAGUCUGCAGCUGAAUGCUUCUGUGAUUUGGGGGAUUACGAAAGAGCAGGAAGAAUUUACUUUGAUAAAUGUAGAGAUCCUAAAAAAGCAGGUGAUUGUUUCACUUCGGCUAAAAGUUACGAACUUGCAGCGAAGGCUUAUGCUGAUGGCCAUUACUUCUUGGAGUGUUUGUCCGCAUGUACUCAGGGUAAUCUUUUUGAAAUGGGAAGGCAAUAUAUUAAGAAAUGGAAACAGGCUGCUGGUGGUGGUAAUGGUACCGCCAAACAAAGUAAGGAAAUCAAACAAGCCGAACAAGAGUUUUUGGAGAGUUGCGCUUUGAGCUACUAUAAGCUCAAGGAUCAUAAAUCAAUGACAAAAUAUGUUAAAGCCUUCCUUACUAUGGAUUCAAGGCGGAAAUUCCUGAAAAGCAUAGGCUGUCUUGAUGAGCUUUUGCUGUUGGAAGAAGAAUUUGGAAACUUCAAGGAGGCUGUGGAAAUAGCGAAGUUGAGAGGGGAUUACGAAAGAGCAGGAAGAAUUUCCUUUGAUAAAUGUGGAGAUCCUAAACAAGCGGGUGAUUGUUUCACUUUGGCUAGAAGUUAUGAACUUGCAGCAAAGGCUUAUGCUGAUGGCAAUUACUUGUUGGAGUGUUUGUCUGUGUGCACUCAGGGGAGUCUUUUUGAAUUGGGAAGGCAAUACAUUACGAAAUGGAAACAGAAUGCUCCUGGCGAAAUGGAAAUUGAAAAAAUUGAACAAGAGUUCUUGGAGAGUUGCGCUUUGAGUUAUUAUAAGCUCAAGGAUUUUAAAUCCAUGAUAAAAUAUGUUAGAGCUUUCCUUUCUAUGGAUUCCAGACGUAACUUCCUGAAAUGCAUAGGCUGUAUUGAUGAACUUUUGUUGUUGGAAGAAGAACUCGGAAACUUCGAGGAAGCUAUAGAAAUAGCAAAGUUGAGAGGGGAUCUGCCACGGGAGGCAGACCUGCUUGGGAAGGCAGGCCAUCUCAAGGAAGCAUCCUUACUCAUCAUUUCAUUUGUGCUUCAUCGCUCUCUAUGGGUGACUGGAAAUAGAGGUUGGCCCUUGAGGCCAUUUCGACAGAAACAAAUACUGCUAAAGAAAGCUAUGUCAUUCGCACAGGAAGAAUCGAAUGAGUUCUAUGAACGCAUUCGCAGAGAGGUUGAAGUUUUGUCACAUGAGCAUAUUAGCUUGCAUGAGUUGCUUCAGUCUCUCACUUAUUCAGAGCUAUGUAAAAAUCUGACAGUUGAAUUGAUAUCUAUCCGGAGGAUCCUGGAUGCUCAUCUUGAUUGUACAGCACGGAAGUUUGAAUGGGAAGAUGAAUUGCAAGUUGAUAUGAAAAAGCAUUCAGAAGAUAAGAUUUCACUUAACCACAUCUCCGUUGGUUCACUCAUGUAUUUUUGGGAUAUGUGGAGAAGGAACAUGUUAAAUAUCAUGCAAUAUCUCAAAACAGUGGAAAAACCAGAUGAUAAUGAAUGGUUUGAAUAUGGUGAGUUCUGUUUGAACUAUUUUGGUGUGAGGAGGCAGGUCAUCAAUUCAAAUGUAGCAUAUAUACUGUUGAACUCAGAUGCUGAAUGGGUGAAAACAACUGGUUCUGUAUUCAAGCAGAAGCAGCAAAGCGAGAACCAGGUAUCCAUUGAUGGUCGAAAAUUUGCGUCUGCUGCUCUGAGUCAUUGCCAGGCUGAAGUAGUUUCUGUCAGCCUGAAGGUACUUGACACUGUUGAAGCUCUUUAUAAGUUGUCAAUAAGGGAGUCAUUCUCCCUAUUUUGCCAAAGCAUGCGCCUCAUUGAUAUCUAUCAGUUGAUGAAAUUUUUGACUGAGUCAUUCAAAUUCAAUGAUAGUGUUAAAAGGAGGCUAGAAAAUUUCCUGUGGACACCAAUUACGUACUUUAAAUAUGUAUUUCCACUAGACUGUUGCAAAUCAUUGGUGGAAAACAUGAUCUCUUUAAGGAAAACUGAGCUCUCACGGAGUCUACUUGAAGAGGUUAUUGUUGACAAUAUCAGUAACAAGGGUGACCUUACCUACGGUCAAAUUGGGAGGGUGGUAAUGAUUUGGCUUGGAUCUGGAAAACCAACAGAUGAUCUGUGCAUGAAGAUAGCAAAAAGAUUUGAAAAGAAUUUUUCCUGGAGAGCAUUCAUUGAUUCUUUGCAAGUAUCUUCAUUGAGGCAUUCUGGGAUAACAGAAUCAAGAUCCUUGGGUGAUCCUUCGUCAAAUACUUCAGGUGAAGAUUGGAAGAAGUUUUCACUGAUUGAUAGCUUCCACGAAGCUUUGAGAGAUACUUAUCUUGCAAAUUGGAGGUCAUAUGACUAUAUAUCACCUGAUUGUUUAAUAUAUCUUGUUGAACGCCUGCUGCUACUUGUAUUUCAUUCCAAGGAUUACUUUUUCACAACAAAGUAUUCUUUUGUGGAAUGGCUUAUUUAUCUUAAAGCAGACAUGUAUCCACAUGCCGGUUCAGUAGCUGACACGCAGUUGUCUCCUGAAAUCAUAUUUGAUUCUGUUGUUAUGAUGGUUGAACAGUUUCUUUUUAAUAAGCGGGAGACAGCAUCAUGGAUUGCAAAAUCAAAAAUUGAUGUAAAUCAGUAUCAUCCACUACUAGCAUUAAGGCUGGUGGUUAUCUUGUGCUUGCUCCACUUGAACUCGGGCAAGUAUUCUAACGUUCUUUCUCAUCUGCUUGAUCAGUCUCAUAUUAGUUCGCAGCUGCCAAUGCCUUUCAUUCAGGCACUUAAGCCAAGAAGAAUGCUUGAUUUGACUCAGGAUUGGUUUAGUUUAAAUGCAACUGUAGAAGCAUUCAGUAGGAUUGGAAAUCCUCUUGUGAUUGUGCAUUUGAGAGAAAAUAGUCCAAAAUUUGGGUGUCCUGCAAUCAUCAUUGACACAGCGUCGACACCAAGAAUUGACGACAUCAUGAGAAACUUGUUCCCAAAGCAAGGAAGUUACCAUCAGCAAAGGCCUAUGGUUGAACCAAAUGCUCCGAAUUUGUGUGAAGGACUUGUUCAUAAUGCUGAGUCUCUCAUGUCAAUUGACAUUUCUGCGGCACCAGGUCAGAAAAUGAGCACAGACAGUGGAACUGAAAGCAACCCGCAGAUGUACUCAGCCAUUUCUGAAAAAAUCUCUGAUGUGCAAAUAUCAAGCUGUUCUCCUAAUCUUUCUCAAUUUAAGGAGGGAUUGGAAGAAAGUAUAAGCUUCUUAACUCGUUUCCAGGAGGAAUUGGAAGAAAGUACAAGCUCUUUAACUGCUGGACUGAAUGUAAAGAAAUUUCUUCCUUGUGGUAGUGUAAACCAAUUCAGUGAAGCAAGCAGCAUGCUUGAUGAAAUCAAGCAAUUCAUCUCCCUAGUUGAUGCUAGUGAUAUUAUACAGACUGGAAACUUGCAAGAAAUUGGAUCACUUCUGAAGAGCUUGCAGUCAAAGAGGCCCAGGCUCGAGGCUUUUCUAAAUCAUUUAAUUGUGCCAAGGGAAACUGCUUCUGGGAUAGUUUCUGAUGCUGAGCCUAAGGAGGAAAAUGAUGGCAAAAAUUUGUUUAGAGGAACUGAUAACAAUGACAACAAUAAGGCCUCUCAAAGCAAACAGGGCAAGGGAAACAAUAAGAAGUAGAACAAAAAUGGAGAGAAAGGAGGUAGAAAAAAGUUAAGCUGUAACAGCUAAACUGUAUCUCAGAUAUCAUUCUCAUGUUUUUGGUCUAAUUUUAUAAAUCUCAGAUCUCAGUAAUGAACUUUUCUUCUA